CUCUGCUGCCCUGAGUGGAUCUGCUCUCCUGAGGACAGAGGAUGCCCAGCAUGGCUUACAGCAUGGCAGUCCUGCUGGCCCUGGCAAGUGCCACGGUCACACAGGGCUGCGGUGAGUGUCAGUCCUCCUGCAGUGGCACCGCAGACAGACCGGUGACACUGCAGGGGGACGAGUGGAUGCUGCACAGGGCUCCUGGUGACCUGCCCUCAGUGGCAGAGGGGUGCAAUCACCACCUGGUCCAGAAGCUGCUGCACCGCAUGGAGAAAUCCGUCAAGUUUGACGAGGCACCGAACCCCAGCAUCCUGCUGGCCAUGAACCUGGCUGGAGCCACCCACGGCCAUGUCCACAACUGGCUGCUCCAGGAGAUAAAGGAGGAUGCAGUGGAGAGAGCCCAGACAGACCUGACCUCGGGACAAGUGGCUCUGUACGUCCUCGCCCUCCUCUCCUCCUGCCAGGACCCCCGAAGCGUCCAUGCCAGGGGGAAGACCAUCAACCUGAUCCCCAUCCUGAAGCAGAAAAUGAAUGAGGAGAUAAGCAAAAACGUGAUCACCUGGUACACAGAGAACCUGGACAUCCUGGCCCUGUGCCUGGUGAAGGAAUAUGACUACAAAGAUGCAGUCAAGGCUGUGGCCAAGGAGUUGCUGAACCCUAAGAGCUCCCUCAAAGUGGACACGCAGGCCAUGGCGGUACUGGCACUGGUGUGCGCCUACAAGCACACAGACAAGCAGCACCUGAUCCAUGAUGCACUGAAGGCGGUGACCAACGAUUUUCUGGAUGAGCAAGAAAAGCACAAUGGGAUGAUUGGGAAUAUCUACAGCAUGGGCCUGGCCCUGCAGGCUCUGGAGACCUCGAGUGAGUUUUACGCCCCUCGGAAGUGGGACCGUGCCCAGGCCUUCAGCGUGGUCUGCAACUAUGACUACCAACAGCCCAUGGCCAUCGCCCAGGUGCUGCCUGACCUGGUGGGCAAGUCGUACCUGAACGCAGCUUCCAUCACGGUGCAGUUCUCCAUCACCAACACGCUGAAGAAUUACUUCCACUACUCCACCUCGGUGUGUGUCCCAGAUAACUCCACGCUGCUCCAGGUGAUGAAGGUGGCAAGGAAGGAGAAACCCGACAUCUUUUGCUUCAAGACACAGAAGACAUCUUUGGGUCCCUUUGUGACCUCCAUCCACGGGUUGGCUGGCAAUGAAAACGAAAGGACCUACUGGCAGUUCUUCAGCUGCUGGAGUCCCCUCCAGGAAGGGGUUGGCACCUACAAACCGAAAAACUGGGAGCACAUCCAGGCCAUAUUCAGCACCUACUGAUGCCACCAAGACACCCUGGACCCCUCCAUGGAGCAAUAAAGUGAUAUUUCAGCA